UGUUAAAUAAUGAAAUGUUACGCACAAACUCAAAAUGAUGACAAAUGAAAUUUAGUGAAGGAACGAACUAAAAAGUUGUGCUGCCGCCGCCGCCGCCGCCGCCGCCGCCGGGUCCAGCUGCUGGAGGUCAACAUCAAGGGAGACUGAACAAUGUCGACUGAGACAGGAGAUUUGUUGCUGCAGGAGGAGGAGGAGGAGGAGGAAGAGGAAGAACUUCUGGCUAAACACCGCAAGGAGAGGAAGCAGCUACAAGCACGAAUUCAGCAGUUGAAGAAGUCCACUAAUAAGGAUAAAAAGAAGAAGAAGGAGGCAGGGGAGGAGAUCGCUCGACUAGAAAAAGAACUGAAAGGCCGACAUGAGGAAGAAUUAGCUGCAUUUAGAUCAUCUGAACAGGAGGAAGCUUCUCUGAGCAAUGGUGUGGAUACCUUGAAUCUUUCCCAGGAUGGUUUUAGUGAUCUGCGUGAAGUGAACAGGGAGGACGAACCCAUCCUACCAGAGCAGGAUCAAGGUAGGAAAAUAAGCAAAGCAGAGAGGCGUCGGCAGAAGAAAGCCGAGGCCAACCGUGAGCGAGAGGCAAGGAUACGAGAGGAAGAAGCCAACAGCAAGUUCAGCGCUCGAAGCAUCGAGGCAGAGAAACUGAAGCAGCUAUUACGAGAGAGAAAACUCAAGAUGGAAGAGAUCAAACCUGAUGGCAAUUGUAUGUAUGCUGCUAUAGCUCACCAGAUUGGAGGAGAAGCAACAGUUCGAUCACUGCGAUCACAAGCUGGUCACUUCAUUCGCACAAAUUAUGAAGCCUUUGCACCUUUCAUAACAGACUCCAAGACUGGAGAACUUUUGACUCCUGAACAAUUUGCUGAAUAUUGUUCUCAAAUUGAAAAUACACCGGCGUGGGGCGGCCAGCCUGAGCUCCGUGCCCUGUCGCAAGUGAUGCAAAGAAAAAUUGAAGUAUUACAGGCAGAAGGCACACCUGUUAUAUUUGGUGAAGAUUGCACUGACAAAAAAGCCAUUGUGCUGGCAUACUACCGUCACUACUAUGGCCUCGGGGAACACUACAACUCGGUCACUGAGCUUGGCACUGUGUCAGAGGAAGAUGCAAGAUAAUGCAGUAACUCAAGAGUUCAUUAGACCAUUUACAGAGUUCUAUAUAAUUCAGCUGUUCUAUAUUGUUCUUGUGUUCUACUGUAUAUAGUUCAGCUGGUCUGCAAUACAGUAAAUAGAUCUUGCAUUUUACUGUAUAUAGUUCAGGUGUACUGUAUAGUUUAGAAGUUAUAUAUAGCUCAUGAUUACAUAUAUUAGAAGUACCUGUAUAACAUAGAGCAAUGUAAUAUACUUGUGCUGUGAUUUAAAAAACAAUAUUGUGCACAGAAUUAUGAUGACAGUGUAAAGUCAAGAUCUUAUAUAAAGUGUUUUGUAAGCACUAAACUCGUGGUGCCUCGUUUGAUAUUUAAUUUAUAUGUAGUUUUAUUUUUAAUUUUCCAUUGUUUGUGGCACUGAUUACCUCCCCUUCUAACCCAUUCCAUUGUUCUACUGCCCUUCUAGAGAAGACUAUUCUAGUAUACUUUUGGUAGUUUUUUUAGUUUAUUAUUAUGGCCUCUUAAUCUUCCUUUUAAUGGUGUUAGGAAGUUAUUACAAAUUCUUUUUGUUUUAUAAUCUUGUGUGCCUUAGAGCAUAUGUGUGGCUAGAAUGGGGGAAGGUAAUACCUUCAGUGAUAACCUGUAGCUUCAUAUUAUGGUACUUGUGUGAUAUAAUUAGUAUAGUUGUGUGAUGUACUAAGUAUAUCACACAGCUAAGGGGUUUAUGUUUCCUUGUUGAAUUAGGAAAGACUUUCUAUUUAUACACUAAAUUUUUUGUACUCUAAACCACAAUAUCACCCAUCCUUCAGAGUAUAGACAGGUCUAACUAAUCAGAAUAUCCUCAUAAAUUACCUUGCUCACACUCCAACAGCUUGUCAAAUUUGCUUUCAUUCACUAUGACCUAACUUGCUUACACAUAAUUAUGAUGUUGCAUAUAUUUAUUUUUGUCAAAAUCAUGCCUGUAGUAAAAUCUAUAUACGUAUAUAUUCUGAGGUACACUUGAAAUAUUCUUACAUUUAGCAAUGUAAAAUAUUAGAUGACUACAUACAAUUUUCUUUCAUACAUAAUUAUGUCAAUCAUUUGAAAGUAUGUGAGUGAACUAUGGGGCUAAGAUUUUUACAUAAUUAAUAAAGUUAUAAACAAGAUACAA